AUGUGGCGCGACCGCAUUUCAGGCCAGACAACGCCCGCCGGAGCGAAUAGCCGCAACCUCUCGCCCUUACCCCGACGAUCAUCAUCCCAGCUCUCCCCCAGUCCUUACAACCGUCCUGGCGUAACGUCCAGAACUUCCUCGACAUCUCUUCUUGUGACUCCAAAUGAAUCCACAACGUCCUUGCCAGGUACGACGCGUGGGGCCAGUGGAUCGCCAUUGAAGCAGACAAGUAUCCAGCGUCCUCGGCCGGCCAAUGUUCCCGAUCCGCUGGAGGUGCUAAAUGGGAUCAUUGGCAAGGAAUCCCAAAUCGCCAAGGAUGGGCCCAAACUCCUUUCGGAUCUGGAAAAGCCCGCGCAAUUGGUGGAGACUGUUCGAUUCGAUGGGCUGAGCCUGGAAGACUUCCUGGAAAAGGAGGAACCGACACCGCGGAGAAAGACCCGGGAUAACGACAUCAAUGCACAGACCGUCCAACAGUUUGAACAUGAGCGGGAUAGGUUUCAAGAGCUGCACACUUCAAUAACCGGCUGCGAUGAGGUUUCCAAGUCAGUUGAGCUGUACUUGAAUGAUUUCCAAAAUGAGCUGGGUGCUGUGUCAGCGGAGAUUGAGACAUUACAAUCUCGAUCCACCCAAUUGAAUGCCAUGCUAGAGAACAGACGCAAUGUGGAAAGACUGUUAGGGCCCGCCGUGGAGGAGAUCAGCAUCUCUCCCAAAGCAGUGCGAACAAUUGUCGAAGGUCCGAUUGACGAGAACUGGGUCCGGGCUUUGAACGAAAUCGAUACUCGAACGACGAACAUCGAAGCAAAGGCAGCUGCAUCUAAUAACGGAUUCAAGGCCGUGGAGGAUGUUCGGCCCCUUUUGACAGAUGUCAAGAACAAGGCCAUUGAGAGAAUCAGAGACUACUUGGUAUCUCAAAUUCGCGCGAUGCGCUCACCAAAUAUCAAUUCGCAAAUAAUCCAGCAACAGCGCUUGGUGAAGUUCAAAGAUCUAUACAGCUAUCUUUCAAAGGUCCACCCAAAGCUGGCAGGGGAAAUCUCUCAAGCUUACAUCAACACAAUGCGCUGGUAUUACACAUCGCAUUUCACUCGCUAUCUCCAAGCGCUUGAUAAGAUCAAGGUUUAUCCCCCUGAUCGGAACGAAGUACUCGGAGGCGAUCCCUCUACACACCGAACAGGUCAGAACACCCCCGCAUAUCUACUCAAGCUUACUGACCCGGGUUCAGGUAACAUAAUUCCAGGCGGCCGAGCUGGCUCUGUCGCACAUGACCCUUUCUCCUUGGGCAGACGAAUUGAUAUCCUCCGCACCGGCAAUCUUCAAGCUCUAUCGUCUUAUUUGGCCGAAGAGGAUAAUACCUACCAUGGCAUUGAAGUCCCAUUCCGUAAUUUCAACCUUGCCUUGGUGGACAAUAUUUGCUCUGAGUACUCUUUCCUCACGGAAUUCUUCUCCGCGAAAACGUUCCACCAAAUCUCCCGCAACGCCGUGGAGAUGUUCCAACAGGUCUUCAAUUUAGGCCAAGCUCUGACCAAAAAGUUGAUUGAGCAAACCACGGACUCUCUGGGUGUUUUGAUGUGUGUUCGUCUCAAUCAACAUUCGGCGUUCGAGCUCCAGCGUCGCAAAGUACCAGUCGCAGACUCCUACGUGAAUGGAACAAACAUGCAACUAUGGCCGCGUUUCCAAGUUAUCAUGGAUCAUCAUGGCGAGUCGCUCAAACGCGUUGGGUCCAACACUGGGCGAAGUGCUGUCUCGGCGCUUUCUAUUGCAGGUGGAGAUGACUUGAAGCAGUCAUCGGCACCCCACUUUUUGACUCAACGAUUUGGACAGCUUCUCCAUGGAAUUCUAGUUCUGAGCAGUGACGCCGGUGAUGAUGAGCCGGUGUCUAACAGUCUGGCUCGGUUGACGGCCGAAUUUGAUUCACUUUUGGCCAAACUGAGCCGCAAUGGCACCGAUUCCAAGCGAAGAGAACGCUUCCUCUUCAACAAUUAUUCUCUGAUUCUAACCAUCAUUAGUGAUACCCAAGGCAAACUGGCGAACGAGCAGAAGCAGGUAAUUGGCGCUGGUGUUGUGGGACUCGCGACAGCAAGGCAAUUAGCUGCCCACGAGGGCAGCUCAACCAUUCUGCUUGAGCGGCACGACGCGCCAGGCACGGAGACAAGCAGUCGCAACUCCGAGGUAAUCCACGCCGGACUCUACUACCCUGAAAACUCUCUCAAAACCAAACUCUGCAUCCGCGGCCGUAACCUCCUAUACGAGCUUUGUUCCAAAAACGACAUUCCACACCGCAAUACCAAGAAAUGGAUUGUGUCUCAAACCCAAACGCAGUGGGAAGCUUCACUGAAAGUGCACGCACACGCACAAAACCUUGAUGCCCCCACUCGCCUUGUCGGCCGAGACGAGGCGCUCCGUCGCGAGCCAGACGUGAAGGCCGACGCGGGUAUUGUCGAGAGCUUGACGACUGGAAUCGUCGAUAGCCACUCGCUUAUGACAUAUUUGCAGGGUGACUAUGAGGACCGAGGCGGUGAUAUCGCGUUCAAAACACGAGUGACAGCCGUCGAGGCUCUCGACGGUGGGCGCGGAGGGUACAAGGUCACUGCCGUUUCAGACGAGGAUGGGUCUGUGACGUCUUUCACGGCAGAGACCUUGAUUAACAGUGCUGGACAUGGCGCUUGCGCCAUUAGUAACAUGCUGCUUCCGCCGGAUUGUCAUUUCAUCCCGCAUUAUGCGAAGGGGACCUAUUUCUCCUACGCAGCUUCUCGGCCACGGACUUCAGUUUUGGUAUACCCGGCUACGCUUCCGGGCACACCCAGUUUGGGUACGCAUCUGACGCUUGAUAUGGGUGGGCGCAUCCGCUUUGGGCCAGAUGUUCAAUGGGUUGAUAGCCCUGACGAUUUGAAGCCGAAUCCUGCUAACCUGCAGGAGGCUUUGAAAGAGAUCAAAUCGUUCAUGCCUGGUGUUGAUGUUGAUGCUAUCGCUCUGGAUUACUGUGGCAUUCGACCUAAGCUGGGCCGAGGUGGCUCUGUAAACGAGGGUAAGGGGUUCCAGGAUUUCAUCAUCCGUGAGGAAGAAGGCUUGCCUGGAUUCGUCAACCUGCUGGGAAUUGAAAGCCCCGGUUUGACAAGUUGUUUGGCUAUAGGUGAGAUGGUUGAUGGGAUUCUAUAUCGCGAGACUUGCCUAGUUUAG